UACUAGGUAUUAGUAUUAAUGGCGUGAACGAAGCUUUAUAUUUCUGAUGCCCAAUAACUUGUGAUAAUUCUUGAAGAUUCAUUACUCUUUUAUAUUUGUCGAUUCCUUCUCAAGCAACCCGUGUCUCCAGUACUAACAGAUGCUUUCGCUGUCUUGUGGUCACUUCUAGGUUUAUCUUCUGACUCUGUUUUCUUGGGAAACACUCAUCAUCUAACAAUCCGGAUUCUCUAAUGUUUUGUCACGUUCCUCUUUGAGUCUUUGGUUUCGCCUGUUACUAAUUCGUGUGGUUAGUCUUUAAAGUUUUUUUUCUUUCUGUUUUGUGUCUAGAUUCUGUCGACAGUAACAAGGGUGCAUUAGGUUUGGUUUUAUAAAGAUAUGGAUAUAAUCAGUGGGCUGUCUGAUGACUUGCUUAUUAAAAUACUAUUGUUAGUUCCCACAAAAGUUGCUGUCUCCACAAGCAUUUUGUCGAAACGGUGGGAGUAUCUUUGGAUGUGGUUGCCUAAACUUCAGUACGGUCAUAGACGUGAACCUGAACGCGAGAAGCUACGGUGUUUCCUUGACAGAAACCUGCCAUUGCAUAGAGCUCCGGUUAUUGAAAGCUUCCGUCUUGAAUUGUGUAAUACACGUUUUAAACCGGAGAGUAUCAACAUGUGGGUUGUAGUAGCUCUUUCUCACUGUCUACGUGAGCUGGAGAUAGUAUAUGAGACUUAUCCGCCUAAGCCAAACAUAUUGCCGAGUAACAUGUAUACCUCCAAAUCGCUCGUGAUCUUGAAACUGGAUGGUGAGAUCCUCUUGGAUGUUCCUCGAAUGGUGUCUCUUCCCUCGCUGAAAACUCUGAAGCUUCAGAGUGUGAGAUACGUCAAUGAUGAAACUCUUCAACGGCUUCUAUCUAAUUGUCCAAUUCUUGAAGACCUAGUGGUGAGGUUACGUGAAUAUGGUGAUACCAUGCAAAAGUUGACAGUUGUUGCUCCAUCUGUGCGGAGUUUGUCACUCUGUAUACCCUAUAGUCAUGAAAUAGCUGAGUACGUGAUAGAAACUCCUUCUUUAAAGUAUUUCAAACUUGUGGAUUAUAGUAAUAAUGAUCACUACGGUUUGAUUGAGAACAUGCCGUACCUGAUCGAGGCAUAUGUAGAUUGUUGUUGCCCUGAUAUCUAUAGUCUUAUUAAUUCAAUCACAUAUGUCAAGCGUCUCACAAUAUGUUCAGAGGCUACUCUCGAUGGGCUUGUGACUCUUGUCUUCAAUCAACUUGAACAUUUGGAGGUAUGUCUAUGCACAGUGCUUUUCUCCAGUCAACUUGUCCAGCUGUUCAACGCUUCUUCUAAGUUAAAGAGAGUAGACAUCUCCUUAAUGGAUGGUCAUGAUCCUCGUCAAGAUAUGGAUUACUGGAAGGAACCAAGCACUGUUCCCGAAUGUUUGUUGUCGAGUCUACAAAGUCUCAGCUGGUCGGCAUACACAGGAGAACCAGAAGAGAGAGCUAUUGUGGGCUACAUUCUGAAACAUGCUGUUCACUUAAAGACUGCAACAAUCAAGUCAUAUGGAUCAGAUGUUUGGAAUCUUGAGAUUUUAAAGGAGUUGGAACUUUCUCCUAGAGCUUCAAAAACAUGCCAACUCAUGUUUGAAUGAGUCUUUUGAUCACUAAAAUUUGGCGUGUUCUUCAAUUUCUUGUAUUUGCUAGCUACUCGUUUCGUUUGUCUUCAACUCUGGAAACUUGUUUUCUACAAUAGGUUUUAUUUCUAUAUACUAAGAGCUAAGUUAUAUGAUCUUUUUCAUUAGCUUACGGUUUAAAUACAGACCGGAGAAACCUUGUAACUGAAGAAAAGAGAACAAAUAAGCACUUGAUGCACUGAUCAUCGUUGAUGUUUUGAAAAUCCAAUAAUGACCAGGAGACGCAGAGAUAUACGAUUCUAAGGCCAUAUUUAUUCCGGUUAGGUCUUAACUUCAAGAGCACAUGAUUAACUGGGAUUAGUAUCAAUCAAUACGGAUAGUAAAUAAUUGCAAUUAAAUCCACCAUCCUCACUCCAAAUACAUUCCCCAUCAAAAAUAUGAAAAUCAUCAUUUUA